UUAAGGUUAUGAUGUAUAUAUAUUUGGAUUAAGGUGAAUUGAUGGAUAGAAUUUAUCGAAAUUACCGUUGCACGAAGUUAUUAUAACAGUAAUUACACUACAUAGUGAUACACAGUUUAGAUAUAUUAAUAAUGAUAAUCAUAUAAAUGGUUACCUUAUAGACAUUAAUUCAUAUCAACUGUGGUGGAAGAUAAUUAUCCAGUAAACAUGAUUUAGUAUUUAUUUCCCUUGGCGCUUUUAUUUAAAUUGUUUUUAUGGUAUUAUGACAUCAACAUGUCCUAUUUUGAGGAAUAUGCAAAAGUGAUCAAGGAUUCUGUAGUUAAUUACGUGGACAUCGACUAUUCGUUAUGGAUAACAUGGUUUUUAGCGCCCCUAAUAAUAACUUUCCUUCUACCAGCUGUGAUUGCACUUCUCCUAUAUUGUAGUGCUUUUAUGCUUUAUAUAUACAAACUUCACUGGAAAUCUAUUAAAAGAACUUUAAAAACUGGUGACAAGUGGGAUGCAGCUAGAAAAUCAGUCGGCGCACUGUGGGAUGCUCACGGAUGGAUAUGGCAUGGGUAUGAAGUAAGAGGUAUUGAAAACAUACCAGAUUCGGGACCGGCCUUAAUAAUUUAUUAUCAUGGAGCCAUCCCUGUCGAUGUGUAUUACUUAAUAGUGCAAACAUUAUAUAAGAGAAACAGACUGGUGCAUACUGUUGCGGAUCAUUUUUUGUUUAAGGUACCAGGUUUUAGUAUAAUUGCAGACUGUAUGAAAGUGAUACCUGGCACAGUCCAGACAUGUGCUGGCAUUCUGAAAGAGGGGAAUGUUUUAGCAAUAUCGCCAGGAGGUGUGUAUGAAGCGCAAUUUAGUCAUCACUAUAAUUUAAUGUGGAAAAAGAGGCUUGGGUUUGCAAAAGUAGCGCUAGAAGCUAAAGUUCCUAUAAUACCGAUGUUUACCGAAAACCUAAGAGAAGCAUUUAGAACAGUCAGUAUUGGAAGAAGGAUAUUUCUUCGACUUUAUGCACUUUUUAAGUUGCCAUUAGCUCCUAUAUAUGGAGGUUUUCCAACGAAAAUGAUUACACACUUAGGAAAGCCGAUUCCUUAUGACAAGAAUUUGACUCCAGAAGAGCUACAGUCAAAGGUAGCAGCUGCCAUCGAAGAUCUCAUCAAUACUCAUCAACGAAUACCAGGCAAUAUUCUGUAUGCCUUACUAGAUCGGAUACCUUUGUUUAGAAAACAGAAAAUAGGUUAAAUUUUUAUUGUUUUUAUAUUUUAUUAUUUUUAUUAUAAUUUUGUGAUUAUUUUUUACAUUCCUCUACAUGUACAACGCCUACAAUCUAAUCGAAUGUUAUACUUAAAUAAAAAAUGACUUAAUUUGAA